AUGGCGACGGCGUGGGUGCGCUCACUCAGCUGCAGGUCCUCCUACGCCGUCACCGACGCCGCCGUCGCGCCGACCCCGGCCAAGAAGCCGCCGCCGCCGCUUCCGUUCUCUUGCGCCACUACGGCGGCCGCGGACGUGAUGGACGCCGUGGCGUACGCGCAGCAGGCCAGGAGGAAGAAGAUGGGGAGGGAGAGGGACAGGCGGAGGGAAGCGCGGGAGCCACGUCCACGGCCCAAGAAGAAGCCGAAGCCGAUGGCGAUGGCGAAGGAGGCGGCCGGGGCGUUGUUCAUGCCGUCGCCGGCUCCGGGGCCGCCCGUGAGCUCGGCGUUCCUGACGAUGGCGGAGCUGCCGGAGGGCCACUCGUCGCGGCGGGUGGUCGAGCUCAUCUUCUCGUCCGGGUGGGGCGGCGCGUCGGGGGCGCCGGAGCCGUCGGUGGAGGCGCUGUUCCGCGUCCACAGCGCAUCGCGCGCGGUGGCGCGGUUCGAGGAGGCGCGGGCCGCAGCGCGCGCGCACGGCGCCGCGGCGCGGUGCGGCGCCGACGGCAACGAGAUGAUGCGGUUCCAGUGCCGCUCCUCGCCCGCCGACGCGCCCGGCGGGGUGUUCGGCGCGGGCGUCGCCACCUGCCGCCUCGGCGCGUCCGCCUCCGCCGUGCGCACGUUCGCCUGCAGCGGCGCCGCGCACGCCAGCGUUGCCGGGGCCUGCGGUGGCGGCACCGCCACCGGCCGCAGGGCGAUGCUGGUGUGCCGCGUCAUCGCCGGUCGCGUCCGCCCCGCCAACGACCCGUCCCCGCGCCACGCCCACGCCUCCGGCGCCGCCGCCUACGACUCCAUCGACAUGGGCAACGGCGAGCUCGUUGUCCUCGACAGCCGCGCCGUGCUCCCCUGCUUCCUCAUCAUCUACAAGGUGUAG